CAACAGGAUAACCCCACCAUAGAUAGAAUUGCCCCUCCUCUCUCUUUCUCCAUCCAUUCAGCCCUCUCUCUUUCUCCUAUCAACCAGAACGUAGAAGGUGCUGAGUUCGUCCAAGGCCUGUUGCACAGAGGCGAGGAAGAAGACAAUAAUCUAAGGCCCUCAAACUUUCUGCUUCGUGUGGAUAGAACGAAGAAGAUGAUCUUCGAAGAACAGAUUUUUGAGGAACAAAUCUAGAUUUCAUGUACGAUCUGGAACUGAAGGAAGCAUUGAAUUGUGGUGGUGGUGGGUGUUUUUAUUAUGGUGGUGGUAGUGGCGUUUUCUGUUGCGUUGAAGGUUUAUUUGGCGAAAGGGAGAAGAGCUCAACGGGUGAUGGUAGGCAAGGGGAGAAAGAUGGGAGUGGAGGUGGAGGUGGUGGUGGUGGGAGAGAUGGGGCGGUGAGUUUUGGUGGCAGUGGUGGUGGGUUUAAUGGUGACGAUGGGAUGUAUAUGGGAGGUGCAGACCAUCACUGGCAAAUGGAUUAUUCUGACUUCUGA